AGCUACGAAUUACCGUGAUUAAUUUUGGUUUAAAACUUAGUUUUAUAUUACUUGUAAUGUAAUUAUUUAAAUACUUUAUCAUAACGUGAUCAUAGCUAAUUAUUUGAUUAAUUUGUUUGCGUUUCUUAGCAACGUUUAUGUCACUUUUGUGUUGUGUUUGAGUUCAUAAUAAAUAGGCUUGUUUUUGUGGUAAUAAAAUGACGAAAGAAAGCAGAUUCAAUGAAAUGAUAAUCCACCCGGACAUAGAGCCUGGCGUCAUCGACAAUGAAAUGCUCACUCGGUGUAUACUAGAGUACGGACCCAAGGGUGAAGCAGGUCGGCUGUUCGCGGAGGAAGGAGUCCAUUUGGAUGAAGCCGAAAUAGUCCGCCUAGAGUUCCAAAAUAUCUUGAGAAUAGACCAUCUGUGGAUGCUGAAAUCACUGAAGAAGUUGACCCUUGCCCACAAUCUCAUCGAAAAGAUUGAAAAUCUAGACAGGCUUCCUGGCUUGAUAGAGUUGGAUUUGUCUUUUAAUAAAAUUGAAAAGAUAGAAAACCUGGAAGCUCUUGUCAACUUGGAAGUUCUCACAUUGUUCAGUAAUAAAAUAAGGAAACUGGAAAAUAUGGAUACAUUGAACAACCUGCUGGUGUUCAGUAUUGGAGAUAACUUGAUAGAAGAUUUCAAAGAGGCGGCCUACCUCCGUCGCUUCCGCGCGCUCCGAUCCGUAAGCUUCAAGGGCAACCCGUGCUGCGACGACCGCAUGACCUACUCGUUCCUCACGGCGGCCCUGACCAGGGUCACCUACCUCGACUAUAAAGUAAUCAAGGACGAGGAGCGGGAGGAGGGGCAGGCUGUGUUUAGAAGCGUCCUAAGAAAGUUAGACGAGGAAGACGAAAAGUCUGAAAAAGAGCGUUUAGACCGGGAAGACUACAAUGAGAAGGUGGAAUUCUACAAGCUGUCCUUCGUGGAGUACCUGAGCGGCCCGGAGCUGCUCGAGGCCAUGUUCGAGAAGGACCCCGACGGGACCCUGCUGUUGGAAGUGGGCGGGGAGUUGACCGGCUUUUAUGAGCAAUACAAAGAGCAAUACAUAGAGACGAUGGGCCAGCUAGUUGAGUACGCGCAGGAGGCGUAUCGCGACCGCCAACACGAGAUAUCACUGUUCCAGGACCUAGUGGACACUGCACUGGCUGACAGUGUCGAGAAGAGCAAGGCAGUCAUAGACGAGUACAAACAAUCGAAGGUGCGUUUCAUAGACCAAAUGAACGAGCAGAUAGCUCUUUACACGGAUAAGAAGGAGACCUUAGAGCAGAUAGAGCCACGGGUGGUGGACCUGUCGGAGAACUACAAUGAGGUGCUGUACGAGCUGUGGAAGAAACUGAUGACCUUGGAGAUGCAGCUUUAUGAACAAUGCGAGGAGUCGCGAACGCAGUUCGCAGUGAACAUGACGGAGAUGAUAACGAAGUUUCUGGAACAUUCUCGCAACGCGUUCGGCCAGUGGCGCGAGGUCGAGGGCGUCUGGUCCAUGAGACAGUACGAGACCUUGUCCAAGAUGCUGGGGAAUAAUGUGCUGUUGGGGGAUGUUUCGCCGGAGUUGCUUGAAAUAAUGAUGGACCGUGACCUCAUGGUGAACGCGGUGGCUCAAUCCUCAGACACACACAUGCGGUUCAUAGACUCACGCGAGGACCUCGUGACGAGCCGCGCCGCCGCCUGGCGCGACCGCCUCGUGCAGGGGACUAACGAUGACGAAAUAAAGCGCAACAGGGACAGAAUAAUGGAAAUAAAUUAUUUCAUAGACAAUCAACGAGAGGAGUGGACAGACUUGCAGAUGAAUCUGACAGAGACGGUCGACCCGGAAACCGCUGCCUUGCUUGGCGACGACAUUUAAACCAUGAUUGCAUUUAAAAUUAAUAAAUUAUAGAGCUAAUAAACAUAA